AUGAUGUGUCCAUGCUUGCAGGUCAUCCAGGCAGACACCAUUGAAGCAGCUGCAGAACGAAUUCUCAUUGAGCUCAAUGCUGGCGACACUAAUACUGAGAGAACCAUCAACACCAGAGACAACGUGAUCUACUUCGAUGGCUGGGACGGGCUGGGUGCAUCUGCUGUCCUUAGAGCUGUUUGCCAACGCCUUGCCACAGCUUCAGAAGCCCCAGCAGGCCUGCAGUUUGAUCAGGUCAUCAACAUCGACUGCUCCAAGUGGGUGAACAGGAGAGCUAUGCAGAGAGUGAUAGCAGAGCAGCUGGAGCUUCCUGCUGAGGUUAUCGAUAUAAUAGACAGGCGUGAUGAGGAGGACGACUACCGUGGUCAAGACCAGAGCUCCCGUGAUGUCAUACCACAAGUUGUCAGAGAGAUCUACCAAAGGAUACAGAACCGUAGGUUCCUGGUGAUUUUUUACAAUGGAAGCAAUAAGGACAUUGAUCUAGCCAAUCUUGGCUUCCCUCUGCAAGACUUGGGCUUCCAUCUAUACUCAAGCAACAAGGUCCUGUGGACAUUUCAAGGAAGUUUCCGGCUAAUGCCCAUGACAAAAGUCAGCAGGGCAGCGCAGAGCAUAGGAACCACAGGUGUUUUCCUAUCAGCAGCCUCAAGCCAACAGGAUCAAGAUCCACAUGUGUUCUGGUCUUAUCUUGUGCUGCAAGAGGCUGCAGAACUUGUUGCUGGCAAGGAUGAUAGUUCUGGCAUCAACGUUCAGCCAGAACAGGUUGCUGAGUGCUUCUUGUAUACAUUGAAUCUAUGUGGCAUGGGCCGUCACUUCAUGAUGGACUAUGAUCUGGCAACUCAUGGCUGCAAUUACUGGAUAUGUGAUGGCAUCAUACGUCCACAACAGAGACAAAGACAUGUUGACCACGAUGGAUUGUGGUCAGCUGCUGAAGCUCUGCAGCGUGAGAUGCAAAUGGAUGUGGACUACUACCACCAUGACCACAAAAAUUUGCCCACUCACCUUGUUAAGUUUGCUGAGAUCAUGCCAUGCUGGACUUCUCCAACAUACCGCGUCGUUCAGAUCCUUGAUAGGGCCACUCCUAUCAGAUGCAACUUUGAUCAUUAUGACAAACUUGCUGUCCUCAAACUAUCAUACUGUACAUUCACCUUCUCAUUGCCUCCAUUCUUGUGCUGCCAAAGCCUUAAAUUUCUAUGGCUCGACCACUGUCGGGACAUGGAGAGCAGCACAGAUGGAGACAUGGAGAAGGCGGAUGACAUCCACCAGUGGAUCCAAAGAUUAUUUCAUGACUCAGCUAAGGGUGUUAAAUGUGAUUGGAGCCAAGGAUUGGGACAUGCGCCAGUUGCAGGGCGGCUGCCUAAUAUCCGCAAUCUUCGAGUAACAAAGUCUACAAUUCAAUGUGGUACUUAUAUCUGGGAAGAUGACUUGUUCACAGGGAUGAAAAAGAUGGAGGUUCUUGACCUUUCUGGAAACAAAAUAAUUAGCGGAAAGAGAUGCAUAUCUGCCACGGAACAGAGCUGCAGCCUGGAGACCAUCAUAAUUGACCAGGGAUGUGUUGAAUUAGAGCAUAUCUCCUUGACUGGGUGUUCUAAGCUAAAGAAUGUACUUUUGAGAGGAUUAUUCGAAGAGCUUGUGAACCUUGAUAUCUCAGGAUCAGGUGUGAAAAGGUUGGAUCUCAGUGCAAUGAUAGCAUUGAAACUUGAUGAGGUCAUUCUACUUGACUGCAACAUGCUUUGUGCGAUCCUGUGGCCACCAGAAGGAAGAAGGAAAACAUAUUUUGACACCCUGCGCAUUCAAACCAGAAAGGAGAGUAACACACCUAGUGCAACAUCAGGAUUAAAGUCAUCAGCAUUGUCAGUGAUAUCUGGUAGUCGAGCACCCUCUGAAUAUAAGUGGUAUAUUUCAGUAUAUGAUGCAAGGCUCCUCUGGUCACUUGUACCUUUGAAAUUGCUGGUAGCAGUGAUCAGCAUCGGCCGUGUGGAGCAGGUUCUAAUAGAUCAGAAUCAAGAAGAGAGUCCAGAAGGUAAUAAUGCAUCAAUAUAUGCAGAUAUCGUCAUUGCUGCCAAGAACCACCAGCAACAGGCGAAGGGAGACGGUCGUAAGUCUCUUACAUCCAUCAUGUGGGCAUGGCCUUGCCCACAUGCUCCUAAUCUUGAACCAUCAACCUGCUACAUGGACAUACAAGACUGGCCACUGGGAACCAAGUCACAACUAACUAGUCAACAAACUGCUAAGAUUACUAUACCAGAUUUUAUAUGCAACAGUACUCGCAUCAUGUAUGUGCAUGAUAGCUUGUACAUCACUCAUAUGCCUGGCCCAGCACCUUCUCUAGGAGCAGAAUGGAAAAAUCUUUGGUGGUGCCGAGUGGAGCGUUGCCCUGAGAUGGACUGUGUCUUCCCAAGUACAAUGAUAGGUGGUGAAAACUGGACCAAGAUAUUUUACAGACUGAGGACACUAUGGGUGUCCCAACUUCCCAAGGCACAGUUCAUAUGGAGCUGGAGGAAACACGAGAUCUAUGGAGCUUCAUUUGAGGAUCUGGAAUUCAUGCAUGUGGACUUCUGCCCCCGGUUGACACAUGUUCUCCCCUUAUCUUUGGCAUUGAUCCAAGGACUUGGCCUAAACUUCCUAAGGACCCUAGAGAUUGUGUGGUGCGGAGAUCUGAGGGCAGUUUUCCCAUUGGACACUGAUGCCGAGAGCUACCAAGAUCGACGACAUCAGGCGAUUACUGUGAAAUUUCAAUACCUUCAGCGUAUUCACUUGCACGAGUUGCCUAUGCUACAUGGCUUCUGUGGACGUGGAAGGAUGUACACACCAAACCUUGAGAGCAUGGUGAUCAGGGGCUGUUGGAACCUCACACGCAUACCAUCCGUUGGUGGUGGCCACAUUACCAAGAAGGUGAUGUGCGACUGUGAAAAGGAAUGGUGGGACAGGCUGGAGUGGGAUGGGGUGCAGGAAAAUCACCAUCCAUCCCUAUAUGAACCAAGCCACCCAAGAUAUUACAAGAACACCUUGCUCAGGGGCUCCGUUCUCAUAUGA